UGUCGUCUCGGUAGAGGGAAUCUUAUCCCGUUCCAAGCAAAUCCGUUUGUGCUUUUCAACUGUUUCGCCUAUUUCUUUGGUCCCCCGCAAUUCAAUUAAGGGUUCUCCAGAUUUGUGUUUUGUGUAAUUUGCGAGAUCGGUUUGAGCAAUGGCUAGCCAAUCCCAGAGUAACUCGCUCCAUGACUUCACCGUCAAGGAUGUUAAGGGAAACGACGUUGAUCUCAGCCAGUAUAAGGGGAAGGUCCUCUUGAUCGUCAAUGUUGCAUCCAAAUGUGGCUUGACUAAUUCUAACUACAAUGAGCUGAGUCAGUUGUAUGGGAAAUACAAAGAUCAAGGAUUGGAGAUUUUGGCAUUCCCCUGCAAUGAGUUUGGAGCUCAGGAGCCGGGGAACAAUGAGCAAAUCGUAGAGUUUGCUUGCACUCGCUUUAAGGCUGAGUAUCCUAUAUUUGAUAAGAUUGAAGUGAAUGGUGCGAAUGCUGCUCCAGUGUACAAGUUCUUGAAGGCAGGCAAAUGGGGAAUAUUUGGGGAUGAUAUCCAAUGGAACUUUGCCAAGUUUUUGGUUGACAAGGAUGGGCAAGCUGUUCAUCGUUAUUAUCCCACAACUUCUCCUCUUAGCCUUGAGCUUGACAUCAAGAAAAUGUUGGGAGUGGAUGAAUAGUGAUGUGGCUUGAGCAUGGGCAUCGGAACUUUUUAGCUUUCCUUUCAUACCUCGUCAUCCAGCAUUGUUGGAUCUGAGAGAUGAGGUGGUGUAUGCGCACCUGUGUAUAUUUCAAUAAUGUCAUUGUAUGACUCAUGCUGUGAAGAAGAAGUUGCAUGCCUCUCAAAAAACAGAAAAGGCAGACCGUUUAGUUAUUAACAAACCCAAGUUUGAACCAUUUGUAGAGGAUCCAAAUUCAGUUAAAUUAUCAAACAAUCCUCUUUAAGCUUUUA